AAAAAUAACAUCCGGACAGAUGCGUGACAUAAUUUUAGUAUAAAAGCCGGGUUUUAAUGCUAGUAUUUGCCAUAAUUAUACAAAAAUAGCCACAAUGAUUGCUAAAUAUUUGUUAGGAUUAUUCUUAUGUCUGCUAAUCACAGUAAAUAUAGCUAGCGUGGCUGCUUUUAAACUUAUUCCGAUGAAAAUGAAUAUCAGAGACAUCUUUUAUGAAGAUACCGUUGAAAUCUCCGAGGAAAUGUCUGAAGAUAUCUCUUAUGAUAGUAGCGAGGAAAUUACCUACGACAACACUGAUGACUUGAUCAUAAGAAUGAUCAGCGGGAUGAUUUAUGAACAAUCCACAACAGAUUCAUAUAAAAAUACCAAGGCGGUUACGAUCAAAGGGACUACAAAGGACUCCUCUAAAAAGCUUAAGGGCGUUGUCUCCGGAGAAACUGCAGAAAAUUCCUCCGGUAAGUCCAAGGAGGUUGUUACACAAAAUUCUCUGGGAAAUACCAACAAGGCUGUCUCUGGAGAAACCGCAGAGAACUUAUCCGGUAAGAGCAAGGAGGUUGUCUCCGGAAAAUCCACAAAGGACACCAAAGGUUCCACUAAAGUCAAGAGAGCUGUCUCUGGGGAGACCGAGGAGGUUUCCUCCGGAAUGGUCAGGCAGGAUGUCUCUGGAGAAACCGCAGAGGAUACCAAGAAGACUAUGAGGAAUAUCUCUGGAGAGACAGCGGAGAACUCUUCCGGAAAAUCUAAAGAGUCUUUCUCUGGAGAGACCUCAGAAGAUAAGUAUUAAGAGCUGAUGCCUCCGGAUCGUAGAAGACAGCUCUCUAAUAAAACUAACUAGGGCUAUUAAUAAAUGUGACCCGAAACUGUUAUAAAGUAGUAGUUUCUUCUAAUUAAAAUGUAAUUUUAGUAUCUGUUACCUUAUCAUGUAGGUACAGGUAGAGUCUGUUCGGAAAGAGAAGAGUCGUGGAAUGUACGCGAGUAUUGGGCCCCAUACAUUCCACGACUCCUCUCUUUCCACACAGACUCUUAACUAUUUAGAGACUGAUAAUUUUUAACUUGUCAAUCUUAAAUUCGUCUACUUUAUAUACCUAGUUAAUACAAUUAAAGUUACCUACCAAUAAAAAUAAAUGUCUUGAAUUUUU